UUCGCCGCAUUUAAGCGCGCCUGCCCCCAACCGCACUGACGAAAAGCUUCGGGCCACCCCGCACCAGCGCGCGCCAACAAAAAUGCACAGGCAGCUCAGCCUCUCGGCGAGCCCGCCGAGGCAGCAGCAGCAGCAGCAGGAGGACGGCGGCGGCGACGCGGCCCAGGCGAUGGCGAUCACCGUGGACGAGUCGGCCUCGCACUCCAAGGCCGACCGGGCGCGGCCGGCGAGGGAGGAGAGGGCCAUCCACCUCAUCCCGCUGCUCACCUUCCUCUGCUUCCUCCUGCUCUUCCUCUGCUCGCGCGACCCCUCCGCUUCCGAUAUGUCGAGCUUCGCUGGCGGCGGCGGGCUGGGAUCCGGGAACCGGAGGUUGAAGAUGAUGCUAUAGACUUCUUAGCAAUUAUCAGAUGCGUGUUCGUGGAAUGUUUUCCAUUUUCAAUCAGAUAUUGCAACGUAUCUUGCGCUCAAAUAAGCCAGUAAGAAAGCAUUAGGCUUCAUGCCACUGGUUGCUUUCCUCGUAAGCAUUAGGCUUCAUGCCA